AAGGUGUCCAAGAUCGCGUCGCGUUCGCCUUAAUAGCAUAAAAGUGUUUUAAUUUUUAUUGGCACGAACGGGCGAGUCAGUUGCGGAGCAGUUGCCGUUGCUGGAGGAUCGGCAUUGGCGGCGUCGCGUGUUCGCCUCCUCGAUCCCAUAAAAUCGUCUCCACGAAAUCUUCGCUGUGAAGAUACCCUUGCGACUUCGACUUGUUUGAUCUUUCGCUCAGCAAAAGUACAACAUAAUAAAAGUGUCUGUGCGGGCGGCAGUCCAGGAAAAAUCCGGAGGAAAAGUGUGGCAAUACUCGUAAAAAUAACUCAGGUCGUUUCCAUUCUAAAUUGCGCGUUGACAGCCGCAAGUGGCGCAAACAAGCCGGCAAAAGAACAAGGAGCUGUCACUCCCGUCCCGCCAAGUGAAUCACUUGGAUCACAUCCACAUCCGCAGUGGGGGCACCCACGAGCUCUUGAGCACGAGCAGCGUCCUUGACCACGAGUGGACGGCAAGAUUUUGGAGUGAGCACCCCGUACCCCCCAGUCCAUCACUCCCUUCCCCCUGUCCAAGAUCACAGAAGACACCAGCAACAACAACAACGAACACGAUGAAUUGGACGCGCGUGCUGCUAAUCGGGUUGACCGCCUUGGCGCUGACAUUUGUGGAGGUUGCAUCACUCUCACUCGAUCCAGUUGCUUCUGCUGAACUGGAGCAGUUUAUACGCAAAGGAGAUGUGGUCAUAUCAACGCGACACAUACGACCUCGUCGAAAGUUGCACAUAUCCAUAGAGGCACUCUUUAUGAUCGACUUUCCCAUGCUGAAGCACAAGAUGUCCUUCUUCCUGGACCGCAAACAGCAGCGUGUGACGCUGGACAUCAGUGCGAACGGAGCCACCGAGUCGCGUAACUUCGAGAUACCCAACAUCAACGAGACGAGCACCAUCCGAUCCCUGGCGCUGCAGUUCUCCAAGAAUCGCAUAACGCUCUAUGUGGACUGCAAGGCGAGCACGCAUCACGACAUCGACAUGAACCUGGCCAAGCUGUACACCCAGAUGGACGAUCCGGUGAUCAAGCUGUUCCGUGAGCGCAAGUAUCCCCUUCACUUCGAUGGGGACAUGGAGCACUCCCUGCAGCGGGCCAGUUGCCAGAAGGGCAGCCAUCGUCGUGGCAAUCGUCGCAUGCUGCGCAACAAGAUCACCGAGCGUGAGAAGAACAAGAAGCGCGAUGUGCGCGGCUGGUAUGAGCCAACGAUCGCCCGGGAAGGAGUCGUGGAUCACAGACACCAGGAGGUGCCAACGGAUGUGGAGCGUGGCGACAUUCCCGUUCUGAAUGGCGAUUGCGAAGACGCCCUCGCACGCUCGCUCAGCGAUUUACUGGCCCUGGUGAAGCUGCUCCGCGAAGACGUCGCCCACCAGCGCCAGGAGAUUGCCUACCUGCGUAUGCUCCUGGAGAACUGUGCCGGCUGCAAGAAUCCCCUCACCACCGACAACCAACUGCGCAUCGAGCCCGACUGCCGUUCCACGAAUCCCUGUUAUCCUGGAGUGGAGUGCCUGGACUCGGCGGCCGGGCCCAGAUGUGGCCACUGUCCCCUUGGCUUCAUUGGCGAUGGCAAGAGCUGCAAGCCGGGCGUUACCUGCGCCCACCACAUCUGCUAUCCAGGCGUUCAGUGUCACGAUACCGUGAAUGGAGCCCAGUGUGACUCCUGUCCAGCCGGCUACGAAGGUGAUGGACGCACAUGUUCGCUGCGUAAUCCUUGCCUGGACACGCCGUGCCCCUCAGGCGCCCAGUGUCUCCGGGUUGGCUACCCGCCCUACUUUCACUGCAUCUCGUGUCCAAUGGGCCACGAAGUGAACGGUACCAGCUGCCAGGAUAUGAAUGAGUGCCUGCUCUACGAUCCUUGCGACGAGCUCACGACCUGCACCAAUCUUAGUCCUGGCUUCCAGUGCAGCCCGUGUCCCGUUGGCUUCGAUGGCAUCCACGCCCAUGGAUACUUCGCCGACUACUACUCCGUGGAUUAUCGCAGGCAGACGUGCCUGGACGUCGAUGAGUGCCGAACUGGGUUCUUCCGUUGCCCGGAGCAUUCCACUUGCAUAAACGAGAUUGGUUCCUACAGGUGCCAGUGCCACGAAGGAUAUGUAACGAACGGCACCUACAGCUGCCUGGACAGAUCCUCGGUGUCCAUGUGCCCAGAUGGUAGCGUUUGUGACCGCAAUGCCGUGUGCCUGCGGAUGGAUAACGUGCGCCACAAGUGCCACUGCAAUGUGGGAUGGGCGGGCAACGGAUUGAUCUGCGGCAGGGACACCGACGUGGAUGGAUGGCCGGAUCAGGCAAUCGGUUGUCCAGAGCUGCACUGCCAGCGGGACAAUUGUCCGAGGUUGCCCAACUCGGGCCAGGAGGACGCCGAUCUGGAUGGAUAUGGCGAUGGGUGUGACGACGACGCCGACGGUGACAAUGUCCAGAACAGCCAGGACAACUGCUGGCUCGCCUACAACACCGAGCAGCUGGACUCGGAUGGGGACAAAGUGGGCGAUGUGUGUGACAACUGCGUGCUCAAGUACAAUCCCAGGCAGCUGGAUACGGACGAGGAUGGACUGGGGGACGAGUGCGAUGGGGAUAUCGACAACGACUCCAUACCAAACGAGUUGGACAACUGCCCGCUGCUGCCGAAUCCUAAUCAGUCGGAUGUGGACAACGACGGUGUGGGCGAUGGCUGCGACAACUGUCCAAAUCUCCCUAAUCCCGACCAGAAGGAUCGCGACAUGGACUUUGUGGGCGAUGCCUGUCACAGGGACAUCGACGGGGAUGACGAUGGAGUUCCAAACUCACUGGACAACUGCCCAAUGGUCAGCAACUCGAACCAGCUUGAUACUGACGGCGAUGGAACGGGCGACGAGUGCGAUGAUGACAUGGACGGCGACGGCAUACCCAACUACAAGGACAACUGUCCGCUGGCCAAGAACCCCAAGCAGGAGGACUACAAUCGCAAUGGCAAGGGUGACUCUUGCGAGGAUGACGAAGACGUGGAUGGGGUGCCAAAUGCCAUGGACAACUGUCCGAACAACUCGAUGAUUCAUCACACGGACUUCCGCACUCUCCAAACCAUUCCCCUGGAUCCCAAGGGUCUAUCCCAAGCGGAUCCCAACUGGGUGGUGCACGCAAAUGGCACCGAGAUUGUCCAGACGCUCAACUCGGAUCCGGGUCUAGCAGUGGGCAAAGACGCCUUCGGAGGCGUCGACUUCGACGGCACCUUCUACAUCAACGAUGACACGGACGACGACUACGCCGGCUUUGUGUUCAGCUACCAGAGCAGCUACAAGUACUACGUGGUUCAGUGGAAGAAGGGCACCCAAACCUACUGGGAGCCACGACCAUUCACCGCCUCCGCGGCGCCGGGCAUCCAGAUCAAGUUGGUCAACAGCACCGAGGGUCCGGGGCCAAUGAUGAGGAACAGCCUGUGGCACGAGGGAAACACCGACGGUGAGGCCAGGCUGCUGUGGAAGGAUCCAAAGAACAUUGCCUGGAAGGAAAGGACCUCCUACCGCUGGUCCCUGGUGCAUCGACCGGCCAUCGGCCUCAUCCGCCUGCAAAUGCACGAGGGCAACCGCCUGAUCUUCGACUCGGGCAACGUGUUCGACUCCACGUUGAAGGGCGGUCGACUGGGCGUGUUCUGCUUUUCGCAGAGGAUGAUUAUAUGGUCCAACCUGCAGUACAAGUGCAAUAAUCGUGUGAAGCCCCUGAUCUACAAUGAUCUGUCCGACUAUCUCAAGACGAAGGUGGAGUUGCAGGACUGAAGGGAAACCCACAACCCCACAGCCAUAAAGCCUUUUCUGCCAUCAAUUUUAACCAAAUUACGUAUUAAUGCUACCACUUAGUUAAUAAAUGAGUUGCCAACCCAGUUGGCCAUUGGA